AUGCACGUGAUCCUAAUCUCUCACACCACACCAACUACCCCACUCUUCCACCAGCACAACGUGCCUCGAUGCUAAACUUCGCCUUCUUGUCUUAAUUCUUCGGGAUUCAAUUCAAUUAUCCAUUCCUUCCUUGCUGCUACAGUUUUUCCCCUUCUGCCGUCUGUUGUUUCUUUGUCUGUGUAUAUAUCCAGUACUCAUCACUGUAAUCACUCGCUUCCUCACCUGAAUUGCACUCGGGCAGGCGGAUAGCGCGAAAUCUUUGUUGCUUGCAGCAAAAUCAUGGCUGAUGAGCCAGUGUUAUACUUGCAUGGAGAUUUGGAGCUGCAUAUCUUCGAGGCCCGUAGCCUUCCCAACAUGGACCUCGUCUCUGAGCGCCUCCGCCGGUGUUUCACUGCCUGCGAUGUCUGCCGUCCCACAGCCGACUCGGGCGGAGAUGGAAGCGACGGCGGUGGAAGCAGCCGCCACGAAAGGAAGCUACACCACCACCGGAAGAUCAUCACCAGUGACCCUUACGUCACAGUGUCGGUUCCUCAGACCACUCUAGCCCGCACAAGAGUGAUGUCCAACUCCCAGAACCCCAAAUGGAACGAGCGGUUUCACAUCCCCUUAGCGCACCCCUUGGCCUUUUUAGACAUUCGCGUCAAGGAUAAUGAUAUCUUUGGAGCCGACACGGUGGGAAAAGUCUUAAUUCCGGCUGGAAAAAUCGCUUCCGGUGAGGUAAUUUCGGGAUGGUUCCCGGUUAUUUCGUCUUCAGGGAAGCCGCCGAAACCCGACACAGCGCUGCGGCUUGAGAUGAAAUUCGUUCCCUGUGAUAAAAACCCAUUGUACAAGCACGGCAUUGCUGGUGACCCGUCACACAGAGGGGUUAGGAAUACUUAUUUUCCGCUAAGGAAAGGCAGCUCGGUGAUUCUGUACCAGGAUGCUCAUAUUAGCAAUGAGGAUAAAAUGCCUGAAAUUGAGUUAGAUAAUGGGUUAGUUCGCCAUCACGCCAAAUGCUGGGAGGACAUCUGCUACGCGAUUGCUGAGGCGCAUCAUUUGAUAUACAUUGUUGGGUGGUCGGUUUUCCAUAAGAUUAAGUUGAUUAGGGAACCCACCAGACCUCUGCCUCGAGGAGGGGACCUAACGCUUGGGGAAUUAUUGAAGUAUAAAUCUCAGGAAGGGGUUCGAGUUCUGCUGUUGGUUUGGGAUGAUAAGACUUCGCAUGACAAAUUCUUCAUUAACACGGCAGGAGUGAUGAAAACGCAUGAUGAAGAGACCAAGAAGUUUUUUCGGCAUUCAUCAGUUAUAUGUGUUCUGUCACCACGUUAUGGGAGCAGUAAACUUAGCUAUAUGAAACAGCAGGUUGUUGGGAAUCUCUUCACGCACCACCAGAAAUGUGUUCUUGUUGAUACGCAAGCUCAUGGAAAUAAUCGAAAAAUCACUGCAUUUCUUGGCGGCAUUGAUCUCUGUGAUGGUCGUUAUGAUACACCUGAACACCGUCUCUUUCGUGAUCUUGAGACUGUUUUUAAGGACGAUUUUCAUCAGCCUACAUUUCCGGAAGGAACAAAAGCUCCUAGGCAGCCAUGGCAUGAUUUGCACUGCAGAAUCGAUGGGCCUGCUGCUUAUGAUGUCCUUAUAAACUUCGCUCAGCGUUGGCGGAAAACAACCAAGUGGAGAGAAUUUAGUUUACUACGGAAAAAAAUGUCCCAUUGGCAUGAUGAUGCUAUGAUUAAAAUUGAGCGAAUAUCAUGGAUACUGAGUCCUGCCUUUUUUGUUUCCAAGGAUGGAACUUACAGAUCUUCACCAGAGGAUGAUCCUAAGCUAUAUGUGAACAGGGAAGAAAAUCCAGAAAAUUGGCAUGUGCAGAUCUUCCGGUCCAUCGAUUCAGGAUCAGUGAGAGGGUUCCCAAAAUUCUAUGAUGAAGCUCAGGCACAGAACCUUAUCUGCUCCAAAAAUCUGGUUAUAGACAGAAGCAUUCAAACAGCAUAUAUUCAGGCAAUAAGAUCUGCUCAGCAUUUCAUCUAUAUUGAAAAUCAAUACUUUCUUGGCUCUUCAUAUGCUUGGCCAGCGUACAAAGAUGCGGGGGUUGAUCAUCUAAUCCCUAUGGAGUUGGCGUUGAAAAUUGCUAGUAAAAUAAGAGCUAAUGAGAGAUUUGCUGUGUAUGUUGUUCUGCCAAUGUGGCCUGAGGGCAAUCCCAAGGACAAUGUUAUGCAAGAAAUUCUUUUUUGGCAGGGCCAAACAAUGCAGAUGAUGUAUCAAGUUAUUGCGAACGAGAUCAAAUCAAUGCAACUUUUGGACUCUCAUCCACUAGACUACUUGAAUUUUUUCUGUCUUGGCAAUCGGGAACCAUUUACAAACACUGCUGCUCAGGUUUCUGGAGAUGCUGAUAAGGUUUCAGACUCACAGAAGUUUCAGCGCUUCAUGAUUUAUGUGCAUGCCAAAGGAAUGAUAGUGGAUGAUGAGUACGUAAUAAUAGGGUCAGCCAAUAUUAAUCAAAGAUCAAUGGCUGGCACUAAAGACACAGAGAUAGCAAUGGGCGCGUAUCAGCCUCAUCAUACGUGGACAGGGAAGCAGCGACAUCCACAUGGCGAGGUUUACGGUUAUAGGAUGUCCCUCUGGGCUGAACACCUUGGAACGGUUGAAAGCUGUUUCAAGGAGCCCGAGACAUUGGAGUGUGUAAAGAGGGUGAACGAGGUUGGUGAAGAUAAUUGGAAGAGGUAUGCUAGUGAUGAUUUCACACUACUGCAAGGUCAUCUUCUCAAGUAUCCUGUGGCUGUCGAUGUUGAUGGCAACGUAAGUCCUUUGCCAGGAUACGAAAACUUCCCAGAUGUUGGCGGCAGAGUUCUCGGAGCUCAUUCUCCUACUAUACCCGAUGUUCUUACAACAUGACAUCAACCCACCUUGUUUUCUGGACCUAAUAUUUUCAACAGUCUUGUAGUCAUCAAAGUUGGUUAAUCUCUUGCCUUUCUUUUUCGGAGAGGAAGACUGGAUUUCACUUUUGAUUAUUGUGUACAAAUGUGCAUAUGAGUGUCGGCUCCCAUCAAGAGAUGAGGGCACUGAAGUUUGAUUAUGUAGUGAUGGUGUCGUGUUUUGAGUAAUGAAGAAGUAAAUCGCUUGUCUAAACUUUAGAUAGGUGAUAGCAUCUGCCCCCUUUAUCAUUUUAAUGCAUCGCUACAAAUUGAAAAAUA